AUGAGAUCACGUGCUCAGGCAGUCUCGUCUCGCGAUGCCGAAUUCACCCAAUUUGUGAGAGAAACCGCCAGAUCGCUUACACCAGCGAUGAACCCCUUCAGAGCUCCAUCUCGUCGAGAUGGAGCUUGGCACAAGGUCGGCCUUGCAUCGGCAUUUCCGGACCUCGAUAUCGACUAUGAUGGCCGUCGUAUCACAGCGAAGUGCAAAGCUUUUCGGAUCCCGAACUCCAAUACAAACGGGCCUCAAGAGGCUGAGUGUCCGGUCGAAGCGGAUAUUGACCUACCAGGCGACUUGAAAGAUCAGGUCCUUGUGUUUAAGUAUAAAGGAAAAUUUCAUGCAAUUGAUCACCAAUGCCCUCACUCGUCGUUCCCACUGUCGCAGGGGAGCCUCUUUGACAUUGAAGACUUUGGCGUCGUGCUCAGCGCCGGUAUCACAUGUCCUAAGCACGGCUGGUCCUUUGAUCUCUUCUCUGGGCAGUCGGACCGUGGCAACUACAAGCUCAAGGUUUGGGAGGCGCAGCUGCGUGACCCUCCCACAUCGACUGAUGGGGCUUCUGAGGCUACCAACAAGGAGGUUUGGGUGAGGCGGAAGCAACGAAUCGGCUAG